CAGCACAUUAUGGCGUCAUCUCUCGCAAACAAAGUCAACCAUGAUAGAUGAUACACGGUGAAUGAAGCCGAGUGUGUAUGCCCGACAGUUCUUAGUUAAAUAAGUUUCUCCAGUUUAUAAAAUUAAUAUUUUUAAAUAUCUAUUAUAAAAGUAUUCGCUCUUUAUUAGUAUAUUUGAUAAAUAUAUAUUUAGAUCAACAAAAUGCAACCCCAAAUAAUAUUAUUGAAAGAAGGGACUGAUGUCAGCCAGGGCAAAGCUCAGCUGGUGUCAAACAUAAACGCCUGUCAGCAAGUCGUCGACGCCGUGAGAACAACUCUCGGCCCUCGUGGAAUGGACAAAUUGAUUGUAGAUGCCAAUGGAAAAGGUACCAUCUCCAACGACGGCGCUACUAUCCUCAAGCUCUUGGACAUUGUUCAUCCAGCAGCUAAAACUCUGGUAGACAUUGCCAAAUCUCAGGAUGUUGAGGUUGGUGACGGUACCACCAGUGUUGUCCUGUUGGCUGGAGAGUUUUUGAAACAAAUAAAACCAUUCGUCGAGGAAGGAGUUCAUCCACGCAUAAUUAUAAAAGCAUUCAGGAACGCACGAAAAAUUGCGAUCGAGAGAAUCCAAGAAUUGAGCGUAAAAAUAGAAAAAUCAACUGCCGAAGAAAAACGAAGUCUGCUGGAAAAAUGUGCCGCUACUGCGAUGAACUCGAAACUUAUUCACCAGCAGAAGGAUUUCUUCAGCAAGAUGGUCGUUGACGCUGUUUUGCUUCUCGACGAGUUGCUCCCGCUCAACAUGAUCGGCAUCAAGAAAGUAUCCGGAGGUGCGUUGGAGGAUUCGAUCCUGGUGGCUGGUGUAGCCUUCAAAAAGACUUUCUCGUACGCGGGUUUCGAAAUGCAGCCCAAGAAAUACUCACCCUGCAAAAUAGCCAUGCUGAACAUUGAACUGGAGCUCAAAGCUGAGCGCGACAACGCCGAGGUUCGUGUAGACAACGUUACCGAGUACCAAAAAAUCGUUGACGCCGAAUGGCAAAUUCUGUACGAAAAACUCGAAAAGAUCGCCAAGAGCGGAGCAAAUGUUGUUCUUUCAAAGUUACCUAUUGGUGAUGUCGCGACUCAGUACUUUGCUGACCGUGACAUGUUUUGCGCCGGUAGAGUCCCUGAUGAAGAUCUCAAGAGGACCAUGAAAGCUUGUGGCGGAGCUGUCAUCACCACUGUCAAUGAUAUCGACGACUCUGUGCUUGGAAAAUGUUUAAACUUUGAGGAAAAACAAAUUGGUGGUGAAAGAUUCAACUUUUUCGCGGGAUGCCCAAAUGCCAAAACUUGUACAUUUGUACUUCGAGGAGGAGCUGAACAAUUUUUAGAGGAGACUGAGCGGUCAUUGCACGAUGCUAUUAUGAUUGUUAGGCGUAUGAUCAAAAACGACGCAGUAGUCGCUGGUGGAGGAGCUAUUGAAAUAGAAUUGUCUCGUACACUUCGUGACUACUCGCGUACAAUUGCUGGCAAAGAGCAGCUCUUGAUCGGCGCUAUUGCUCGCGCUCUUGAAGUUAUUCCGCGACAGCUCUGCGACAACGCUGGAUUCGACGCGACCAACAUCCUCAAUAAAUUAAGGCAAAAACACCAUCAGGGUAAAUGCUGGUUCGGUGUCGACAUUCUCAACGAGGACAUUGCUGACAACAUGGACGCCUGCGUAUGGGAACCAGCAGUCGUUAAGAUAAACGCCCUCACAGCCGCCAGUGAGGCUGCUUGUCUUAUUCUCUCGGUCGAUGAGACCAUAAAAAAUCCUCGCAGCGGUGAUGCUCCUCAGAUGCCUGUCGGUGGUAUGGGUCGCGGUAUGGGACGACCUAUGUAAUUUUUUUAAUUUUCUAUCAUCACUACCUUUUUUUUUUUCCAUUCAUUAAAUUUUUUAAAAUAAAUAAGCAAUUAUU